AUGCAUGCCAGUCUUUGUGCAUUCUCUAUCGUAACUGUACUAUGUCCUUGGUUCCCCAAGGUGCUCCCCGCCGUCUCUGCCGGCACUGGGAAUUGUCUUGGCCAUUCCGAUUCCAUCCAACGCCAUGAACCCAUCUCUCCAACCCGUUGA